AUGUUUCUGCAGUGUUUGGGAGUCCACAGGUCAUCUUCAGAAAUUUUGAAUCGGCAAAAAAGAAACUGGAUCAUUGAUUCUUACAGUAUUGAUGAAGACUACAAAGGAGAGUUCCCAUACAUACUGGGCAAAAUUGAAGUUGAAAAGAAACUGACCUUUUUCAAGAUCCACGGUCAAGGUGUGGAUUUGGAACCGACAGGCAUAUUACAAAUAGAUGAAAACACAGGGGUAAUCAGUGUCCAUGGCCCCGUCGACUAUGAGAGAUAUCGAGUUUUGAAGCUAACGUUUCAGGCACUUGAUAGAGAAAGACAUGUAAUAGACACACAGCUUGGUGUUGAGAUAUUGAUCAAUGAUGCAAAUGACAACCCUCCAAAGUUUAGCCGUGACGUCUACCAGAUCAACACACCAGAGUCAACAUCACAAGGCACUAUACUGACUACCGUUAUGGCGAAGGAUGAUGACAGUGAGGAGGACAACAGAUUAUUUGAUUUAAAUAUAAUCUCAGUCACUCCUCAGCCAUCUGAUCUCGAGUUCUACUUAACCCAGAACUUUCAAACUGGAGCCAUUUCAUUUAAAGGGUGUCUGGACCAUGAGAAAGCAGAGAAAUACACCAUUAUAGUGGAGGCCAAAGACCAUGGAAAAAAAAAACAGCUCUCCAGCUCCUGCACCGUCAUAAUCAACAUAGCAGAUGGAAAUAACCACCUUCCUCAAAUCAUUGGACAAACAGGUCCAGGGAGAGUGAAAGAAGGACAGACAGGCGUUCUUGUUUCACGUCUGCAAGUUACAGACGCAGACAACAAAGGUACACCGGCCUGGAGAGCUAAAUAUAAAAUCCUAGGAGACCAAGACGACAACUUUAAUAUCACUACUGAUCCUGAAACAAAUGAGGGACUACUCUACGUGAAAAAGCAUCUGAACUAUGAAGACAGCUCUCUGAGGACCUUGACUAUCAGUGUGGAGAAUGAGAUCCCCUAUCAAACAUGCAAAGUGGUGAGUCGCAGCAGUAGUCUUUGGAAAGUAGAAACUAUUGGUGGUGAGACUGUGACAGAGGAAACACGGUUGUCCACCCGCCAAGUGACAGUGACUGUGGAGGAUGUCAAUGAGGCUCCAAUCUUCAAACAACCUAACAAAAUGGUUUCGGUGGCCGAGAAUGGCGAUGUGGGCCAGUAUCUGUGGACAUUCACAGCGAAAGACCCUGAUGCCACCAACACAGUUGUAUACAGAAAAGGAGAUGAUCCAGCUGGUUGGAUUACAGUGGACACCAAGACUGGAAAAAUAACCACAACGAAGAUCAUAGACCGAGAGUCAUCCUUUGUGAAAAACAAUAUCUAUACAGUCACAAUAUUGGCUGUUGACAAUGGUCAACCUCUGAUGACAGGCACUGCAACCCUGACCAUCCAUAUCUCUGAUAAGAAUGACAAUGCUCCAUUCCUGCCUGUAGGCACAAUCGACAUGUGCCACUCUGAUGGACUCUCUCUGGCCAACAUCACAGCCAUGGACCUAGAUGAAGACCCCUAUAGUGGACCUUUCACCUUUAAGCUCCAGGGAAAUGUGAAGGGGUAUUGGAAGCUUGACCCUACACGAGGGUAUUCAGUCAACUUGGUGAAAGAGAACACAGUUUAUUCUGGACAUUAUGAGCUGUUGCUGGAAAUGUCCGACCUUCAGGGCAACACAGCCGUACACAACCUGUCGGUUACUGUGUGUAACUGCAUGGAUCCAGCGAGGCCUAACUGUCUUAGUGGCUCAACAAAGCAGCAAAACUUUUCACGUGGGAACUCAAUGCGCUGGAGUGGCUCAACAAAGCAGCGAAACUUUUCACGUGGGAACUCAAUGCGUCAGUCAAUGGGUGCAUCAUCAGCGAUGGGAAUGAGACAUGAGCACAGAAACUCUAUGCGUGGGACUUGGGCUGGACACAGUAGAUAUUUUGGAGAUCUAGGGAAUGCUGUGCAACAUACAGCUCUGCUCAACAUAUUAAAUAAGAUGCUGUCCGCCCAGCAGGCACCAGGAGAGGAGUUGGGUGAUUAUGCUCCUCAUGUGUAUGCUGAGGAAGGAGACACAAAAACCAACUCUGAGCUUGAUGCCAUCUCCAUCUCUGACACUCCCUUUGACGUAGACUUGGACCUGGAUCACAAGUUCACUACCCUGGCCUCAGUCUGCAUGCCGAGUGAAAGCACUGCCUUCAGAACAACAAGACAUGGGACAGCGACUCUGCUCCAAAAAGAACACUCUGCCGUUAUUAAUCGUAAUUUAUAA